GCCUUUAGCCUGAAGUGCCAACUGCUAAGCGGAGCUGCUAACGGUGUACCGUAAAAACCAGACACAUUAUUUUUAAAAACUGGUUAUCAGACGGGAGUCAGCUCUUAUCGUUCAUGUGAAGCAGCUGAUACACCAAGCUGCCACGGCAGCAGCAGCAUCCUCUUUGCUGUUAAAGGAAAAUGCUAGUGGACAAAAGCUAACAGCCAUGAGCAGCCAGGAGGAGGCCGAACUUCAGCUGGAUGCUGCAGAGGGAAAGAAACAUGAACAUGAACCACAGAACGAAACACUACAUGGUGUUUUCAAACCCCAAGUUCAACGGCACAGAUUAGAUGUUAAAGAAGAAGCUCCUAAAGAAAAAAGCUCUUGUAUGAACCAGCAAGAUCCUGAGGUUUUCUACAUAAAAGAGGAAGAGGAGGAAGUCUGGACCAGUUCUGAGGGAGAGAUGAAAGAAGGUUCUCCAGAAGGAUGGAGGCCUGGUUUGGACCCCAUCCACAUAAAAGAGGAAGAAGAUGAGGAACUCUGGACCAGCCAGGAGGGAGAGAUAAAUGAAAAAUCCCCUGAAGAAUGGCAGCCUGAUGUGGACCUCCUUCACAAAAAGGAGGAAGAGCCCUCGACAAGUUUGGAGGAAGACCAGAUCGUUGGGAAGAAAGAGACUAAUACCCCAAAAUUUUCUUUUACUUCGGUUCCUUUGAAGAAUGAGGAUGAUGAUGAGAAACCUCAGCUUUUACAGCUUCAACAUCAAAUGAAAAAAGAAGAUUUUCCAUCCUGCAGCUUAGCUAACCGGAUGAAAGCAGCAACUGGUGGAGAUGCAAAAACUACCAGGAAUCGAAAGACUCACAAAGACGAGUCCACCUCUUCAGAAACUGAAGUCGGUGAUAAUAAUGAAGAGGACAAAGAUGUGAACAAUACUGAUUGCUCUUUCAUGCAGUUAUCAGAACCCAAAGCUGAAGAAAGCGAUGAUGACUGUAAGGAGGGCAGUGUAGACUUGUCUGGUCCAAACAAUGUCAACAAAGGUUUACGCUGCUCUGAGUGUGGCAAACAGUUUGUUGACGACCAGUCUUUCCUUAGACACAUGAUGGGUCAUUCAGAAAUGAGUACUUCAAGUUGUUUUGGUCAAAAGAAACGUUAUAAUGUAAAGAAAAAUGCAGAAUCUUGCAGUGAAGUCCCGCUAUCUCGGAAAUCAUUGAGCUGUAAUGACUGUGGUAAAGUAGUUACCUGUAAAACAGAUUUAACCAAACACAUGAGAGUUCACACUGGAGAGAAACCCUACAGCUGCGAUGUAUGUGGACGAAGGUUCAACCAUAAAUCAAAUUUAAACAAACACACCAGAACCCACACAGGAGAGAAACCAUACAGUUGCGAUGUGUGCGGCCGAAGAUUUAACCUUAAGUCAAAUAUGAACAAACAUUCAAGAAUCCAUACAGGAGAGAAACCGUUUGGCUGUGACGUUUGUGGACAGAGAUUCACAUAUAAGACAGAUCUAGAAAGACACGGUCGUUUCCACAGAGGGCAGAAACUGUUUGAAUGUGAUUUUUGUGGAGAGAAGUUCAGCCAUAAGACACAUUUAGACAGACACGUAAGUUUCCACACAGGAGAGAAACCGUUUGGUUGUGACGUCUGUGGACAAAGAUUCACUCGCAUGACGCAUUUGGGCGUUCACAUGAGAAUCCAUACUGGAGAAAAACCAUUCGGCUGUGAUGUAUGCCAACAAAGAUUUAGCCUUAAGAACACGUUAAACAAACACAUGAGAAUCCACACGGGAGAAAAACCAUACGAUUGUGGCGUUUGUGGACGAAGGUUUACCCACAAGUCAAAUUUAAAUAAACAUUCAAGAAUCCAUGCUGGGGAGAAGCCAUACGAUUGUGAAAUAUGUGGGAGAAGUUUUACCCACAAGUCGAAUUUAAACAAACAUAUUCGAAUCCACACAGUAAUGAAACGGUUUGGUUGUGACUUCUGCGAGCAAAGAUUUUCGCGGAAGAAACAUUUAGGCAUUCACAUGAAAAUCCAUUCAGGAGAGAAACUGUUCGGUUGCGUUGUGUGCCAUCACAGGUUUAGCAAUAAAGCCCAAUUAGAUAGACAUGUGAGCUUCCACACAGGAGAGAAACAAUUUUGUUGCGAUCUCUGUGGACAAAGUUUUACACGAAAGACACAUUUAGGCAUACACAUGAGGAUCCACACAGGAGAAAAGCCGUUUAGUUGUGAUCUUUGUGGACAAAGUUUUAGACAAAAGGCACAUCUAGAUGGACACAGGAAAAUCCACACAGUGCAGAAAGUGGUUGUGAUGUACGCUGACGAAGAGUUAGCCCAGGGCUCACCAACAAACUUUACUGAGGGUACAGAAUUUUACAGUGCAGACUCUGCAGAGCCGGCCUUUGAUGCAAGAAAUACACAAGACAAUGAUGCUUGUGAUGAAACCUCAUAGCUAUCAAGCUCAAUAAGAAGCGGUUAGAUAUCCAAGAGAAAUCCAUUUUUCCCUCAAUAAUUAACCUAUAUUUCUGCUUUAGAGGUUUAUACACAUUUGUUAUUUAGCAUAAGUGAGCCUUUUUAUUUGAUGCUCAUGCUUUGAAGUGGGGAUCCAUUAGUUAUAUAGACUUUAGAAAGCUACUUAACUGCAUUUGCCAUGCUCUUUAUGUUAACUAAAAUUUUUAUUUUUCAGUGUAAAAUAUAAUUUUGAUUUUGCCACUGUGCAGAAACUUUAGAGAAAAAAUGUGCUUAUAUGAAAAGUCAAUCGUGUUAAAAUUGUAAAAAAAAAAAA